UCACAAAGUCACAGGCAGGUGGGCAUCUUUUCGACAGGGCUCUCAGGAAUCGAGCUGUACCACUCUCCCUGAUGAGCUGGGGAGGUAGCUCCCACUCCCAGACAGAGUUGGGGUCUAUCCUAUGCACAUCCAGUUCCUGCCAAAACCCUAACUCCCCAAAGCUCCCUGGGACAAAGGGAUGGUUUCAGGCACCCCUGGGAUUUGCCUGUUCGAGACUAGGACACACAGCUUGAGGCAGAGGUGAAUGGACAGGUAGGCUUCUUAGGGAGACAGCUGAAAGGUGGCAAGAAACAGGCAGCAGCUCUCCAGAGAGCCCUGGCAGCAUGGACAGUGACGAGCCUCUUGAGGACGAGACAAAAGAUGGGACUGAGAGCGAGUUAGCGCCCCAGAGCAGCGAUGCCAUGCUCUACGGUGAGGCUGAAGCUCCCUCCACUGUUGAGAAAGAGAAACCCACCUGGGAGGAUUCAGAAACAGACCUGGAGAUUGAAGGUGAAGUUUCCCAAGGAAGGAAGUGCCAAAAGAACAUUUGUGAAGCAAGGAGAGGAUAAUACUGGUCCUUUCGGGUGGAACCAGCCUCAGGCUGCCCAAGUCACACUUCCUGUCCCGUGCCCUUAUACUGAGAGGUCCUUCAUCACUGGACAAAGGGAGCUGUACCUGGAGGCCUGCAAACUGGUGGGUGUGGUGCCUGUCUCUUGCUUCAUUCGGAACAUGGAAGAGCCCUACAUGAAACUCAACCACCAUGGUUUGGGCCCCAUGGGUACCAAGGCUAUCGCUAUAGCCCUGGUGUCCAAUACGGCUAUCAUCAGACUGGAGCUGGAAGACAACCGUAUCAUGCAGGAGGGUGUCUUGAGCCUGGUGGAGAUGCUGCAUGAGAACUACUAUCUCCAGGAGCUGAAUAUUUCCAACAACAGCUUGGGUUUGGAGGGGGCCAAGAUGAUCUCAGAUUUCCUCCAGAAAAAUAUUUCUUCGCUCUGGAAACUUGAGCUUUCAGGAAAUAACUUCAAGGAAGAAUCUGCAGCCCUCUUAUACCAAGCCCUGUCGGCCAAUUACCGAAUUAAGAAGCUGAAUCUCAGUCACAAUGAGUUCUCUGAUAAAGGAGGGGAAUACCUGGGUCAGAUGCUGGCCCUCAAUGUAGGGCUCCAGUCGCUGGAUCUGAGCUGGAAUCACUUUCACGUUCAAGGAGCUGUGGCCUUGUGCAGCGGUCUGCAGGCUAACGUGACCCUGAAGAAACUGAAUCUGUCCAUGAAUGGCUUUGGGAAUGAAGGGGCGCUGGCCCUUGGGGAGGUCCUCAGACUCAACAGCUGCCUGACCCAUGUGGAUGUCAGUGGCAACAACAUCAGCAGCAAAGGGGCCUCCAAACUCAGCAGUGGACUGGAGUACAAUGAAACCCUCCAAGUGCUGAAGGGCGCAACUCACCAGCUGUUCUGCAGAGAAGCCUGCUGGGUCUCCCAACCAGGUGACCCAUUCCCAGGACCCUGCUCACUCCUUCAGCUCUUCCUGAACCCUAUAAGUAUGGAUGGGGCUGUUCUACUUAUCCUGUCCAUCAAGAAGAACCCCAAGUCUAAGAUGGAAGAGCUUGACAUUUCUAACGUGGUGGUAACUGAGCAGUUCUCGAAAAUCCUGGAUGGGGUGUAUGCCGUCCAUCCCCAGCUGGACGUGCUGUAUGACACAGUGAAAGGCCUCUCUGGCAAGAAACAAGCCCUCUCCCUGCGGAUGAAACCCAUGAAACUGAUCCAGAGCUACGCAGACCAGCACAAAAUUCCACUUGUGGAUUUCUUCAAGAGCUUGAACCCCACCAGAGCAAUGGAGAUGCCAGUGAGCGAGUUCCAGAGAGCUCUGCUACAGCAAAACAAGGUCCCUAUGAACCAGAACCAAGUUGGGGAGCUGAUGAAGAAGCUGGAGGACAGCAAGGGCAUGGUGAACUUCAGCUCCUUUAUGUAGUGAAGCUUGGGCCUCGGUCGUGCCCUGGGGGCCAGGCCAGACGCUUCCACCCACAAGAGAGGGACGAGGUGCACCUGCUCAGGCCCUGCCCAGUUCCUUCAAAGUGCAGAAGUCAUAGCAACAAGUGUGGUCUGGAAAGAAGUCCUGCAGGAGAGGAGUCCUGGCAAGGGGGAUGGUGGCAGCGAGGAGACUAAAGGAGAUGAACGGCAUGGCCAAGUCUGGGAGCAAGCAAAUAAAGUCUGGCUUGGUUCUGGGCGUCCCUGGGCUGCUGGUGUUGCGCCCUUCGUGGGAGCAGGGGGCCUUCUUCUUUUAGGACCACCGGCAGGCAAGUUCUGGGUGGCCUCGUUACAAGCCACAAAGACAAACUGGGACUGUGAUGGACUUGCUGGGCAGAAGGGAAAGAGCCACCAGGAAGAGGUCAGAGCACAGAAGCAGUUGUUCCAGGGUGGGAGGUAGGGGCAGAGGACACAGGGACUGAGCAAAGGAGGGAGGGACCUUUGGAAGCCAAUCCCAAGGGUCAUAUGCAGGGAGUCCAGGGCAGGAGAUCAAGAGACCUGGCACCUAGUUGUGGCCCAGCUCCACCUGGUGUGUGGCCUUGGAGCCUCAGUGGUUCCACCUGAGAAAUGGAAGCAAUGAAAUGAAGGCUUCCUGAUCCGUUCCGGAACUCAACUCUUCUCUUCCCCUCCCUUCCCUUCUCUCUUUUCUUUCUUUCUUUCUUUUUUUUCUUUUCUUUUCUUUCUUCUUUUCAUGGGACCCAGAGCCUGACCCAUGCUAGGCAAGCACUGUAUCACUGAGUCACAUUCCCAGCCCUGUACUGAAGCCACAUCCCUAUCCCAUUUUAAAUUUUAUUUUAAAACCAAGUCUUGCUAUAUACCCAGGCUGGCCUCAAACUUGCCACCUUCCUGCCUCAACCUCCCAGUAGCUGGGAUUACAGGCCUGCACCACUGGCGCCCAGCCUAAAGGGUUUUGAUUAACCUGGCCAGUCACCAUGGUGGACCGACAAGGGCAGGCACGGGAUCAGGUGGCCACCGGGGUUUCCCUGACCAGCAAGCACUGCAGAAGGCUCACUCCUGAGCCACUCUUCAAGGUGAAUUUCCAUGCACCGGGUGGUGAAAUAGGAAUUCAGAAUCAAAAUCAGGAUGAUGAAAAUAAAAGAAGCUGAAGCAACAAGGAAUUUAUGGGCUGCAGCUCACCAGUCACAUCAAGUGCUCUGUCCUCGCCUGUCCUGUCUGCCCAAAGAAAGCCAACUCUUUGAAGUCAGGAGUCGUGUCUUCCAAAUCUCUCAUAACCCAUAAAAUUCUCUAUGUUCUCUGCCUAUAACCAAGCACCCAAAAGCUGUUGGGAUCUGGGUGAGACCCUAAGAAUUAUGGGGCCCAGAAGGAGUGGCCAUGAAGCAUCCAAAUGUAUAGAGCAAAUUGCAAGCCUGUAAUGGUUAUGGAUCA